AUGUCGUACUACCCACCUCCAGGUCCACCUCAGUACGGUGGUGGUGGUUAUCCGCCGCCGCAACAAUACUCUCCAAAUGGCUAUGGUCCUCCACCACAACAAGGUUACCCUCCACCACAGAAUUAUGGCGGUUAUCCGGGUCAGGGCCAGCAACAUUACCAUCAUACUCCUCCACCUCAACACGGCGGCUAUGGUUAUCAUACUCCAUCUCCGCAACCUUAUAACAAUGGCGGAUACGAUCGACCUCCCCCUCAGGCACCCGGAUAUGGACCUCCACCAUCACACUCUCCCCAUCCAUCCCACGGUGGCGGCUACGGCAGGCAAGCAUACGGUCAACCCCCACCACCGCCAAGCGAAGCCGUCGCCUUCGGUCACGGAGCCCCUCAAGGCUACAACUUUCGCUACUCGCAGUGCACAGGCAAAAGAAAAGCGCUUUUGAUCGGCAUCAAUUACUUUGGUCAAAAGGGACAGUUGCGAGGAUGUAUCAACGAUGUCAAGAACAUGUCUUCGUACCUUAACCAGGCCUUUGGUUAUGCGCGAGAGGAUAUGGUUCUGCUUACGGAUGACCAGCAGAAUCCCAUGAGUCAGCCGACGAAAGCUAAUAUCUUGCGAGCGAUGCAUUGGUUAGUCAAGGAUGCGCAGCCGAAUGAUUCGUUGUUUUUCCAUUAUUCGGGUCACGGUGGUCAAACGCCUGAUUUGGAUGGUGAUGAAGACGAUGGUUACGACGAGGUAAUCUACCCAGUGGAUUUCCGUGUUGCGGGACACCUUACAGAUGACGAAAUGCAUCGCAUCAUGGUCAAGCCGCUCCAGCCGGGUGUCAGACUGACAGCCAUCUUCGAUUCUUGCCACUCCGGUUCCGCUUUGGAUCUGCCAUACAUAUACUCCACCCAGGGUGUGCUCAAGGAACCCAAUCUGGCCAAGGAAGCUGGCGCAGGUCUGCUCAGCAUUGUCUCGUCUUAUGCGCGCGGCGACAUGAGUGGCAUGGUCUCCUCAGCAAUGGGUCUCAUCAAAAAGGCAACCAAGGGCGACGACGCAUACCAAAAGACACGUCAAACCAAAACCAGUCCCGCAGACGUUAUUAUGUGGUCUGGCAGCAAAGAUGAGCAGACGAGUCAAGACGCAACGAUUAACGGUCAGGCUACUGGAGCUAUGUCCUGGGCGUUUAUCAAUGCUCUCAAGAAGAAUCCUCAUCAGAGUUAUGUCCAGUUACUUAACAGUAUCCGUGACGAGCUUGCUGAGAAGUAUUCUCAGAAACCGCAGUUGAGUUGCAGUCACCCUCUUGGUACGAUAAUCCGUCCCUUUCUGCCCUAGGCUCCUGGUUUAGGCCGUAUACAACUCGAAUAUACUAACGGUUAAUCAAAAACAGAUACCAAUCUUCUAUAUGUCAUGUAAAUAGUAUGGACAUGAUUCAAAAGGCAUGACCUUUUUGCCCGAGUCUAUAUCCUUUUCUUCAGUGUUCUGUCUCGUUUCCGAUUUGCAAUGAUACCGGCGUUUUUCUUUUCUCUCCUUUCUCUUUUUCAUAUGAACCUCGGUUUAUUCUGCAUUGUUGAUUCGUUGGGUUACUUUGAGAGAUGGAUCAAGGGUUUAUUCUCCUCUUUCAGGGAGGUUACGUAUAUAAUUGAGUUGGAGAUUAGCAUGUAAUGACAUCCUUGCUCGUCUGAUG